AAACAGAACACAUGUGGAUGUUAGCUGUCUAGGCAUUAAAAGCAGCUGACUUUUCCUCAGAAUUAAUUAGGGAUUCGUGUUCCUACAGAUAUGUUUUUAUUGUUUUUCUAUUCAUUGAUUGGCUCAUUCAUUAUAAACCUCUUCAUGAGCCAAUCUCAUCAGUCAUCAUUCAUUAAUCUGUAGAUAAAUUCCUUCAGAACCCAGAUAUAUUUUGGGAUUUGUGCUUCUGGGUUUCAUUUAUUUCUAGAGAUUUUUCAAUUCUUUAGGGAAAUUAACUAAUGGGUCACAUUUCUUACUCAAUUUUGAGUAUAAUUUGGCUUUUUUUCUUUUGUUAUUUUGUGGGCAAUUGUUAUUCUUGGUCUAGUGUUGAUCAAGAAAAAGAUAGGAUAAUUUCUUUGCCUGGACAGCCAGAAAAUGUUGGGUUCAAUCAGUAUUCGGGUUAUGUGACUGUGAAUAAGCAAUCUGGAAGGGCACUUUUUUACUGGUUAAUUGAAGCACCUACAGAUAGAGUGCCUGAAUCAAGGCCUCUGGUUCUAUGGCUCAAUGGAGGGCCUGGUUGCUCUUCUGUAGGUUAUGGAGCUGCAGAAGAGAUUGGGCCUUUUAGGAUUAAUUCCGAUGGGAAGACUCUUUACCUCAAUCCUUACUCCUGGAACAAAUUGGCGAAUAUGCUGUUCUUGGAGUCUCCGGCUGGCGUUGGUUUUUCGUAUUCAAAUACUUCAUCAGAUUUAUACAUUGCUGGUGACCAGAGAACGGCUGAAGAUGCAUACAGCUUUCUUCUGAAUUGGUUUGAAAGGUUUCCUCAAUACAAACAUAGAGAAUUUUACAUUGCGGGAGAAAGUUAUGCCGGACAUUAUGUUCCUCAGCUAUCCCAAAUCAUAUUCGAAAGAAACAAGGGAACUCAAAAUCCAAUAAUUAAUUUCAAAAGAUUCAUGGUCGGGAAUGCUGUUACUGAUGAUUACCAUGAUUAUGUUGGCACAUUUGAGUAUUGGUGGACUCAUGGCUUAAUUUCAGAUUCUACUUACAAAGUUCUGCGGAUAACUUGUGACUUUGGAUCUGCUACACAUCCUUCAAGUGAAUGUGUUAAGGCUCUUGCUCUUGCAGAACAGGAGCAGGGGAACAUUGACCUCUACAGUAUUUACACACUCCCUUGCAAUGAUACAUCUUCACUUAAGCGCAGAUUAAGGGGUCAUUAUCCAUGGAUGUCCCGAGCAUACGACCCAUGCACUGAAAGGUACUCUCAAGUUUACUUUAAUCUCCCUGAGGUUCAAAAGGCUUUACAUGCCAACGUAACAAAGAUUCCUUAUCCAUGGAAAUCAUGCAGCGAUAUUGUUGGCAACUACUGGGCAGAUUCUCCUCUAUCCAUGCUUCCAAUUUAUCAAGAACUUAUAGCUGCUGGUGUCAGGAUUUGGGUAUUUAGUGGGGAUACCGAUGCAGUGGUUCCUGUGACGGCAACUCGAUAUUCAAUUGAUGCUUUGAAGCUUCCGACAGUUACUAAAUGGUACCCAUGGUAUGACAAUAAAAAGGUUGGUGGAUGGAGCCAAGUAUACAAGGGAUUGACUCUCGUUACUGUUACUGGAGCGGGGCACGAGGUACCACUUCAUCGCCCUCGACAAGCUUUUAUUCUUUUCGGACACUUUCUGAAGAACGAGCCAAUGCCAAGGUGAACCUUGAUUUGAUCAACUACUUCAAAGCAAACAGUUAAAGGUUUUAGGAAAUUCCAUCUGUUGUUGAAAAGAAGGGAAUAAUAAUUUUUCGUCUCAGAUCGUCUCCAUAAGUGCCUCGAAAGCUUUUACGCUUGUUCUGAUAGAAGAAGAUUGUAAAGAGAAGAUAGCUGAAAGAUUUUAUAUCUCAUACUAAUUAUGUCUUCUAUUAUUAACAUUUGGAUCAAAUUCAUUAUUUACAUAAAUCUAUCAUGUAAAAACUUUCUUACAAUAAAUUUGUAUUCAUUGGAGACAUCCUCCAUAAUUAUCAUUUGGCAUUAA